UAUACGGCCUUGGGCGCAGGGGGAAAUUACCGAUUUACAAAUUUUUCCUGUGUUGUUUUUCGCUCAUUUAUGCAGAAUAAGUGACUAAGUAGCAUCUUCCGGAAUUAAAAAGGGACCGAAUAUUUCUUGUUUUAUGUUAUCUCUUGCUGCUCGACCGGCGCUGACCUUGAGAGUUUGUAUACGGACAGCGGCUAUCGCUUCAUUCAAGCCACAGCUCUCGACGAUGGCGGGUGGAAAGCGUGUUACGGUGGUGGGCUCCGGCAACUGGGGCUCAGCCAUUGCCAAAAUUAUAGGAAGCAAUGUGACGAAAUUCGACCAGUUUCAAGAUGAGGUCAAGAUGUGGGUUUUCGAGGAGAUGGUUGAGGGUAAGAAGCUCACUGAAAUCAUCAAUACAACCCAUGUGAACGUCAAGUAUCUUCCAGACCACAAGCUGCCAGAAAAUGUUGUUGCCGUUCCUGACCUGGUUGAAGCAGCGAAGGAUGCUGACAUUCUGGUGUUUGUUGUGCCACAUCAGUUCCUGCACAGAACACUGAAAACUCUGGAGGGAAAAGUGAAGCCAGAUGUAAUUGGAUUGUCGUUGAUCAAGGGAUUCCACUUGAAACCAGAGGGUGGAAUAGAGCUCCUGUCUCAUAUCAUUGAGGACAUUUUGAAAAUCAAGUGUAGUGUGCUCAUGGGUGCCAAUCUUGCUCCUGAAGUUGCUGCCGAGAAGUUCUGUGAGACAACCAUUGGCUGCCGAAGCCCUGGCAAUGAACAAAUGCUCAAGGACCUGAUCCAAACCAGCUACUUCCGUGUCAUGGUGGUGUCUGAUGCCAAUGCUGUUGAGCUCUGUGGUGCCCUGAAGAACAUUGUGGCCUGUGGUGCUGGCUUUGUGGAUGGCCUCGGUUAUGGUAACAACACCAAGGCGGCAGUGAUCCGGCUGGGACUGAUGGAGAUGAUCAAGUUUGCCGAAGUGUUCUACCCCGGCUCUCUGCUAGCCACGUUCUUUGAGAGCUGUGGCGUUGCUGACCUGACCACCACCUGCUAUGGUGGCAGGAACCGCCGAAUCUCUGAGGCCUUUGUGAAGACAGGGAAGACAAUCGAGGUUCUGGAGAAGGAGAUGCUGAACGGCCAGUGCGCCCAGGGCCCGGAGACGGCCCGGGAGGUCUACGUCAUGUUGGAGAGGGAGAAGAGCCUGGAGAAGUUCCCGCUGUUCGUGGCCAUCCACAGAAUAUGCAUCGGCGAGCUGCCGCCGACCGGGAUGAUCGACUGCAUCAGGGAGCACCCCGAGCACCUGAUUUAUUCCUGGACCAUCUCGGACAAAAGGUCCCCCGCUGCCGCUGGAGAGGACACUAGCUCGUCUAUCAGAGAGCAGAGAACUCAACUCUAGACUCAGUCGCCACAGUCACCGUCACACGGACUGGGAACG